AUGGCGCCGCCGCCCCCGGGCUACCAGCCGCCUGCCGACCCGAACGUCGCAAAAUUUGCGCAGAAGAAGAAUGAAUGGUUGCGCACCCAGCGCAAUCGCUUUGGCGAGAAGCGGAAGGGAGGGUUCGUUGAGACACAGAAAGCAGACAUGCCACCUGAGCAUUUACGAAAAAUAGUGAAGGAUAUUGGCGAUGUUUCGCAGCGAAAAUUCACCAAUGAAAAACGAAGCUAUCUCGGCGCGCUGAAGUUCAUGCCCCAUGCAGUUCUCAAGCUCCUUGAAAACAUGCCAAUGCCUUGGGAAUCAGCUAGAGAGGUCAAGGUUCUAUAUCACGUUAAUGGAUGCUUGACCAUGGUCAAUGAGACUCCCCGCGUUAUCGAGCCAGUCUUCCAUGCCCAAUGGGCCACAAUGUGGAUGUCCAUGCGCCGAGAGAAGAGUGACCGCAGACACUUUAAGCGCAUGCGAUUCCCUCCCUUCGAUGACGAAGAACCUCCACUUUCAUGGUCUGAAAACAUUGAGGAUGUCGAACCGCUGGAGCCGAUCCAGAUGGAGCUCGAUGAAGAAGAAGACGCGGCAGUCUACGAAUGGUUUUACGAUCACCGACCUCUCCUAGAUACGCCCCACGUUAACGGACCAAGCUAUAAGACCUGGAAUCUGUCACUCCCGCAAAUGGCGACUCUUCACCGACUGAGUCACCAACUCUUGAGCGAUGUUGUCGAUGAAAAUUACUUCCACAUGUUCGACCUUAACAGUUUCUUUACCGCUAAGGCCCUCAACGUUGCUAUCCCAGGUGGCCCUCGCUUCGAGCCCUUGUACAAAGAUAUCGACCCGAACGACGAGGAUUUCAGCGAAUUCAACGCUAUCGACCGCAUCAUCUUCCGCGCUCCCAUCCGAACCGAAUACCGCGUUACCUUCCCCUUCCUGUAUAAUACCCUUCCCCGAAGCGUGAAGCUUGCCUGGUACUCUCACCCCCAGGUAGUCUACGUUCGCACUGAAGAUCCGAACCUCCCCGCCUUCUACUUCGAUCCUGUCAUUAACCCGAUCUCCUCUCGUUCUGUUGCGCCGAAGAACAUCACCGUCAGCCACGAAGAUGAGAUAUUUGGAUCCGACAAUGAAGAUGACUUUGAACUUCCUGGAGAGGUUGAGCCAUUCUUCGAGGAUGAGGAACUUUACACCACAGAGACUGCUUCUGCGAUCGCCCUUUGGUGGGCCCCCCACCCCUUCAACAAGCGGUCCGGUAAGAUGGUUCGUGCUCAGGAUGUGCCGCUGGUGAAGCAGUGGUACCUGGAGCACUGCCCCCAGGGCCAGCCUGUCAAGGUCCGCGUGUCAUACCAAAAGCUGCUCAAGACCUUUGUUCUCAACGAGUUGCAUAAGAACAAGCCGAAGGCCCAGAACAAGCAGAGUCUCUUGAAGACCUUGAAGACGACCAAAUUCUUCCAGCAAACAACAAUUGACUGGGUGGAGGCUGGCUUGCAAGUUUGCCGCCAAGGUUUCAACAUGUUGAACCUGCUCAUCCACCGCAAGAACUUGACUUACCUGCAUCUCGAUUACAACUUCAACCUGAAGCCCGUCAAGACUUUAACCACCAAAGAGCGAAAGAAGUCUCGUUUCGGAAAUGCUUUCCACCUUAUGAGAGAAAUUCUCCGCCUCACGAAGUUGAUUGUCGAUGCUCAGGUGCAGUACCGUCUCGGCAAUAUUGACGCCUUCCAGUUGGCCGACGGUAUCUUGUACGCUUUCAACCAUGUUGGCCAGCUGACCGGCAUGUACCGAUACAAGUACAAGUUGAUGCACCAGAUUCGCUCCUGCAAGGAUCUCAAGCAUCUGAUUUAUUACCGUUUCAACUCCGGUCCUGUCGGUAAAGGACCUGGCUGUGGUUUCUGGGCUCCCGCGUGGCGUGUCUGGCUGUUUUUCAUGCGUGGUAUCAUUCCUCUGCUCGAGAGAUGGCUUGGAAACUUGCUAUCUCGUCAGUUUGAGGGCCGUCACAGCAAGGGUGUUGCGAAGACUGUCACUAAGCAGCGUGUGGAGUCUCACUUCGACCUGGAACUUCGAGCCUCCGUCAUGGCGGAUCUGAUGGACAUGAUGCCUGAGGGUAUCAAGCAGAACAAGGUCAAUGUUGUCCUGCAACACUUGUCAGAAGCUUGGAGAUGCUGGAAGAGUAACAUUCCCUGGAAGGUUCCUGGCCUGCCUGCACCUAUCGAGAACAUUAUUCUUCGUUAUGUGAAGAGCAAGGCUGACUGGUGGAUUUCCGUCGCUCACUACAACCGAGAGAGAAUUCGUCGUGGUGCCACCGUUGAUAAAACGGUCGCUAAGAAGAAUUUGGGCCGACUUACUCGUCUUUGGCUCAAGUCGGAACAAGAGCGCCAGCACAACUACCUCAAGGAUGGUCCCUAUGUCUCCUCGGAGGAGGCCGUGGCUAUCUAUACCACCAUGGUUCAUUGGUUGGAGUCACGCAAGUUCUCGCCCAUCCCAUUCCCCAGUGUCUCAUAUAAGCACGACACAAAGAUCCUGAUUCUUGCUCUGGAGCGACUUCGUGAAUCUUAUUCCGUCAAAGGCAGACUGAACCAGAGCCAGCGUGAAGAGCUUGCUCUUAUCGAGCAGGCAUAUGAUUCUCCUGGAACCACUCUGGCCCGUAUCAAGCGAUUCCUCUUGACCCAACGAGCUUUCAAGGAGGUUGGAAUUGACAUGAAUGAUAACUAUAACAACAUCAACCCUGUCUACGACAUCGAGCCCAUCGAGAAGAUUACGGAUGCCUACCUGGACCAGUAUCUCUGGUACCAGGCUGAACAGCGUCAUCUGUUCCCCGCCUGGAUCAAACCCUCCGACUCAGAAGUACCGCCGCUGUUGACCUACAAGUGGACUCAAGGAAUUAACAAUCUUUCCAAUGUUUGGGAGACCGCAGAGGGUGAAACCAAUGUCAUGAUUGAAACUGAAUUGUCUAAGGUCUACGAGAAGAUUGAUCUGACCCUGUUGAAUCGAAUGCUUCGUUUGAUCAUGGACCACAAUUUGGCUGACUACAUUACCUCUAAGAACAACGUUCAGCUUAGCUACAAGGACAUGAACCACACCAACAGCUAUGGUAUGAUUCGUGGUCUUCAAUUCUCUGGCUUCGUGUUCCAGUACUACGGAUUGAUGAUCGAUCUUCUACUUCUCGGUCUGCAGCGCGCUAGCGAGAUGGCUGGCCCGCCCCAGAGCCCCAAUGACUUCUUGCAGUUCCGUGAUCGGGCUACUGAGACCCGACAUCCUAUCCGACUUUAUACCCGUUAUGUCGACAAGAUUUGGGUUUUCUUCCGAUUCGAUGCCGACGAGUCUCGCGAUCUGAUUCAGCGAUUCUUGACCGAGAACCCGGAUCCCAACUUCGAGAAUGUUAUUGGUUACAAGAAUAAGAAGUGCUGGCCUCGCGAUUGCCGCAUGCGUUUGAUGCGUCACGAUGUCAAUUUAGGUCGUGCUGUCUUCUGGGAUCUGAAGAAUCGUCUUCCCCGUUCCAUCACGACUAUUGACUGGGACGACACAUUUGCCAGCGUGUACAGCAAGGACAAUCCCAACCUCUUGUUCUCCAUGAACGGCUUCGAGGUCCGCAUUCUCCCCAAGUGCCGAAACCAGAAUGAAGAGUUCAAUGUCAAGGACAGCGUGUGGUCUUUGGUCGACAACUCCACCAAGGAGCGCACAGCCCAUGCCUUCCUUCAGGUCACAGAGGAAGACAUCCAGAAGUUCAACAACCGUAUUCGCCAAAUUCUGAUGUCCUCGGGAUCUACUACAUUCACCAAGAUUGCCAAUAAGUGGAACACGGCGCUCAUUGCCCUCUUCACAUACUACCGUGAGGCGGCAGUGUCUACUGUGAACUUGCUUGACACCAUCGUCAAGUGCGAGACGAAGAUUCAGACUCGCGUCAAGAUCGGAUUGAAUUCCAAAAUGCCUUCUCGUUUCCCUCCUGCUGUGUUCUACACCCCUAAGGAGCUUGGAGGUCUUGGUAUGAUUUCGGGAUCCCAUAUCCUCAUCCCUACCAGUGACAAGCGUUGGUCUAAACAGACCGAUACUGGAAUUACCCACUUCCGGGCUGGUAUGUCUCAUGACGAGGAAACUCUGAUCCCGAACAUCUUCCGAUACAUUGUCCCCUGGGAGUCUGAGUUCAUUGAUUCUCAAAGAGUCUGGAUGGAAUACUCCCAGAAGCGCAUGGAAGCGCAACAACAGAACCGUCGUUUGACCCUUGAGGAUCUUGAGGACAGCUGGGACCGUGGUCUCCCACGUAUCAACACUCUCUUCCAGAAGGACCGAAGCACUCUUAGCUUUGACAAGGGUUUCCGUCUUCGUGCCGAGUUCAAACAGUACCAGUUAAUGAAGAGCAAUCCGUUCUGGUGGACUAGCCAGCGCCAUGAUGGUAAAUUGUGGAAUCUCAAUGCCUACCGAACAGAUGUAAUCCAAGCAUUGGGUGGUGUGGAAACCAUCCUGGAGCACACCUUGUUCAAGGCCACUGCCUUCCCCUCUUGGGAGGGUCUGUUCUGGGAGAAAGCUAGCGGUUUCGAGGUUCGUUACCACCCCUUUAGCCCCUCACCUCGCGAACGAUGA